AUGGCGAUCGCCGUGAGCGGGCAAUGGACUCGCCUGCGGACGCUCGGCUGCGGCGCGUCGGGGGCCGUGGUCACCCUGGCGGCCGACGCCGCGUCGGGGGAGCUGUUCGCGGUCAAGUCCGUGCGCGCGGCGGACGCGGCGCAGCUGAGCCGGGAGCAGGGGAUCCUCUCCGGGCUCUCCUCGCCGCACGUCGUGGGCUGCAUCGGCGGCGGCGGCGACCGCGACGGCUCCUACCACCUCUUCCUCGAGUUCGCCCCCGGCGGCUCGCUCGCCGACGAGGCCGCGAGGAAUGGGGGCCGCCUGGAGGAGCGCGCCAUCCGGGCGUACGCGGCGGACGUCCUGCGCGGGCUCGCCUACAUCCACGGCAAGUCGCUCGUGCACGGCGACGUCAAGUCGAGGAACGUAGUGAUCGGCGCCGACGGGCGCGCCAUGAUCGCCGACUUCGGGUGCGCGAGGGCCCUCGGUUCGGCCGGGCCGAUCGGAGGCACGCCGGCGUUCAUGGCCCCGGAGGUGGCACGAGGCGAAGAGCAGGGGCCGGCCGCCGACGUGUGGGCUCUCGGCUGCACGGUCGUCGAGAUGGCCACCGGGCGCGCCCCGUGGGGCGAGAUGGACAACGUCCUUGCCGCCGUCCACCGGAUUGGGUACACGGACGCCGUGCCGGAGGUGCCGACGUGGCUGUCAGCGGAGGCGAAGAGUUUCCUCGCCAUGUGCUUCGCGAGGAACGCCCGCGACCGGUGCACGGCGGCGCAGCUCCUGGAGCACCCGUUCGUGGCAUUGCAGGCAGGAGAGGCCAAGGCCAGGUGGGUGUCUCCCAAGAGCACGCUCGACGCAGCAUUCUGGGAAUCGGAGACCGACGAGGAAGAGGAGGAGGAGGAGGAGGUUUCGGAGAGCCCGUCCGAGAGGAUCAAGUCAUUGUCGUGCUCCGUCUUGCCGGACUGGGACUCCGACGAAGGCUGGAUCGACGUGCUCGGCGAGCAGUGCGAAGCUUGCGAUUCACCAGCAGCAACCAAGGGGCCAGCUGAUGUGUCCAGCAGGGCGCCAAGCAAAGUGCUCGGGUCCCCGGCGGUGCCAGCUGAAGACGUAGCUGUCGUCGGCACCCUUUCAAGUGAUGAACAUGAAGUGGACGCAGAGGAUGAGCCUUUCGGUGACGAUACCAUCCUGGCCGCUGAUCCUUCGGUGGACCGCCAGAACCAAGUGUGUUCGAGCUCAGAUAGAGAUGUACUUUCAUCAUCACAUGUACCCUGUAAUAAUCGAGUUCUUGCAAUAGAAAAGUUUCGUUUUCCACAAAUCUUGCUGUGCCGUUCUGACAAUCUCUCUUGCGUUCCUACUCUGUUCUGGACCAGUACUGAAUUUCUAGCCGUGCGUGGAGAACACAGUGCGUCUCCCUCUUUACACUCCAACUCACAACAAAAAUCUUCCUAA